ACUAAAGAAAGAAAUUGUAUUUUCAGAAGAAGUUAUAUUAUAAAGUUAUAUAACUAAAAAAUAAAUAUUACAACACUUCAUAAAAAUGUACACCGACGCGAGCACACAAUACGCUAUAGACGAAAACAUACCAAACAACGAACAAAAUAUCAUCGAUGAGGAAUAUGACAAGAGAAGCUACGAAAACAAACGCAAUGACGCAGUUCUAGUGUUAAAAGAAGAGAAGAGUGAAGAACCUGAAGACAUUCACGAAGCUGUUGAAGAAUGGGCGCGGCGUUCAUCUGGAGUGAGCGACUUUAACGAUGUAGACUGUGGUGAGCCUGCAACGGGACAACACCUGAGAAUCAACUUCGCGUUUACUGAAGAUGAUAACAUAGAGCUGGAGAAUAAGUGUCGCAGUUUUUGGAAGUUUAUCGCUAGCCAUCCACAUUUGGAACAGAUCAAGGUUUUGCCGACAAAUGAUGCUGAGAGCACAUCUGCUGAAGAUGCUGAAAUAAUAACGAAAAUGCAAUCGAAUAAUGCAGUGAAAACUGCAGUGCAGUGGAUGGAACACGACGAUGUAAUGAAAACUGCAAUGAGAACGAAAUUCAGGAAAACCUACUGCGAGCUGGAUAGAGGAGAUUACUGCGAUGGGAGGAAGAAAACCCGCAGAAACUCCAAAAUACAAAUCAAUGGACGUAAAGGUAGUAGUUAUAUUGCCAACAAUGUAUUAAUUCUACAGAACAGAAGAGCUUAGAUUUUUGAUACAAUAAAGUGUCGAGACAAGCAAUUCGUUCGGUUGAUGGUAUACGCGAAGAUGGCCUACGAGCUAAACAGCAAUGUACAGCGUUCGUCACUGAUACGUUAGAUGUUAAAUCUUAUAACAUGGUAAUACAGACAACAACAAUAUAUUUCAUGUCGGGCACAAAAAUGUAGUUUCUUGUCAUGCAACUGAGUAAAGUAAUUUUACUUACACAAUCUACUUCUAGUUUAAACCAGUUAGAAGUGAAACAUAAAACAUCCCAGGGAGGGCUUGAAUAUUACCACUAGUCUCAUCCUCACAAAAGCGGUGUGUACCUCACCAGAUGGGGUGUGCAUAUUUUAGAAGCCGUUUACUCUUGCCCGUUGCUUCUAAUCAGCCAUGUUUAAACAACCUUGCAACGUAAAUCGGACUUUGUAAACUGGGAGAUACAGUUGAAAUGGUACUGACUAGUGGAAAUCACGUUUGAAACUUUGCUGGUAUCAUCGGAUGAUCGUUUAUGUUGAAACUAGGCCUUACACAGCCGCACAGUGCUAGUGAAGUGUCGGGGCCGUUGUAGCAGUACUUACAGUAGAUUAAAUAAGAACAAUAAAUA